GGAAGUGAACGAAUGACCGUCAACCCUUCAUGUCGGUCGACAUUUUAGCCUUUCUUAGCAAGUUAUCAAAAUAAACUGUCGUAUUUGCCGUCUGACAAAUAAACGCUUUGUCACUUGCGUCAACCACAUUGCAACUAUGUGGUACGAAAUUCUUCCCGGUCUCGGGGUCAUGACCGUUUGUCUCAUCCUUCCUGGGGUUUUCACUGCACAGAUCCACAAACUCACCAACGGGGGGAAGGAAAAGAGAAUCGCCCGGGUUCCAUACCAGUGGUAUUUGAUGGAGAGAGACAGACGAGUGUCAGGAGAGGAUUUGUAUUACAAAUCGAAGGGACUUGAGAAUAUCCACUGAUCCCAGAUCUCACCUAUGGAAUGGAUUUGUCAGAAUUUAUUGUACAUUAAUAAAGUUAUAAAUUGUCUGAAUUAA